GGAAAUGGUUCAAAUCGUUUUUCCACCAUUCAUUUUUCACAUAGGGGAUUUUAGAAUCACAUAAAAUAAGGUGUUUCUGAUGAACUUCAAACUUCCUUCACCUUGGAGAGGAGUUUAGUCUGCUAGCUCAUUCCUAGCAAAACCCACAUGCUGUUAUGUAAAUAUUCUUAAAAGUUACAAUAUUAACCUAGACAAAAAAGCAUUGUGAAUUGGAUACAUGUGCAGUACUCACAUGAAGAUGAAGUGGUUUUAGUCACAAGUCAAGUAAAGCAGUGAUGACUCCCUGAUAAAAAAAACAGCAAUGAAGAGACUACGCCUACGUGUGCAACGCAAAAAUAAUCUCCCUCUUCUGAAAAAUAUUAUAAUAGAUUAGAGACGGUCUACAACCAUUCCAGUUAACCUAACCUAAUAAAUACAAGCCAUUCUCAUUUUGUUGUAAUGGAAAGGUUGUAAACAACAUGGAAACCAAUGUCCAAUAGCUUUUUUCUUAGGGGAAGUAUAUGUGGCUGGACUCACUUCCGGUAAAGCAUUUGCAGUAUGAAGAAGGAGCAAGUUGUAAAUUGUCAGUUUUCGGUCUGGUAUCCGAUAUUUAAGAAGCAUACUAUCAAAAGGUGAACUCCUUAACUUGACCAGCACAGUCUCAGAUAUGUUGUUGAUAUCGUCACUCUCAAAUAAACACUGGUUGUGCUAUAAUUUGUGUAGCUAACGUAUAGUUAUCUGUUUAGCUAGCAAACUGUAUUAGCCAAUAUGAUGUCACCUGUGUGUGUGUGCGUCUGAUAUUGUAACACAGCCUAACUGUACUUUUAUUAGCUAAUUGUGAAUUCUCGCAAACCUCACCUGUCCUUUACUGAUAUUAAACAUGUUAAUCUGUUAGAAGUGCCAUGUGUAAAUGCUUGUGUGAUGAUAUUGUCAUUGAUAUUGCAUCAGCUCAAUAUCUACCUUUGAGACUGUUUGUUUUCAGGUCUCUUAUCUUUGGUCAAUACUAGUCUGAUAGUUUGUGUUGUGUAGGCCUAAUGUUUGGUGUUAUCUUUCUUUCAGUUUGAUUCUCCCACUGCCUCAGAAUGUAAUAGAUUAUUUGCUGGACGACGGAACACUAGUAGUUUCUGGAGGGUAAGUAUAACUUUACUUACCCCUAAAGUCACUGUGUCUAUUCCCAUACACUGUCACUUAUGGGCAAUACGUACUGGAAAAAACUGUGCAGAUGCAAAGUGGUAAUAGAAAUACGGUCAAAUCUUCCUCCGUUUUAUUCUGUUGCCAAACUUUGUAACUGCACAGUUCUUCCUGCAAAUGUGUUUGUCUCAGCAUUGCCCUUAUAUUCACUGAUACAAUCUCUCCUCAUUCCAGGGACAACAACACUCAGCAAAACCAGACCAACAACAGUGACUCAGAGGAGGAGGAAGACGUUCAGGUGCACUCCAUCUCGCUUUCUAGUAAAGUGGAGACUGAAAAAGCAGACUUUAUGCUCAAUGCUUGAAUGUUUUAUUUACUGAUUGAUACAAUGUUCUUCUCUCAAUAAAAUUAGUGGUCAGAUGAUGAGACGACCACCACUGUAACAGUAAGUAAUGUAGAUCAUGUUAAAUAUUAUCAAUCCAUCUGUAUAUCAUUUUAGUCAAGUUUAUAAUAUGAUAUGCAUACAGUGAAGAUGUGGAUAUUUGUUGUGGUUGCUUUGUGUUCCAGGCUCCAGAGUUCCCAGAAUUCAACUCCAAAGUGCUGGAGGCCAUAAACACCCUAGGUGGGUGUGUCUUUCCCAAACUGAACUGGAGUGCGCCACGGGUGAGAGAGACAACCCUCUAACACCAUCAAUAUCAGUUUUAAAUACUGUCCACAGUGUGUCUGUCUGAGUGGUGAUUUUAAGUGAAUAAGUGUGUGUGUGUGUUUCCUUUCCUGCAGGAUGCUAACUGGAUUGCUCUGAACAGCUCCCUGCAGUGUCAGAGUCUGAGCGAUAUCUUCCUGCUCUUCAAGAGCUCGGACUUCAUCACCCACGAUCUCGCACAGCCGUAAGAAUCCCCUCCACGGACUCACACAUUCUCACUUAGGGCUGUUGCGGUGACCGUACUACCGCCACACCGGCAGUCAUGAGUCAUGACUGCAGUCAAAUUCCAUGUGACCGUUGAGUCACGGUAAUCUCUUAUUAUGCACUCUGGACAUGCGUUGGUAGUACCCAACUCGCUAACGAUCUUCAGCUCGCUAAUGGCCUGGUACUCAGCGCUCUAUUGUCCCUCUAACCACUCUGACGUCAAUGCAAAUGCAAUCGAAAAUCACAUCAAACACUUAUUGUCAUGCUUUUAAAACUAAUCUCACUGUGAUGAUCAAUUUGAAGAACGAAGUUCAACAACAGGUUGAAACUGAGUGAAAAACAUGGUUGUUGUGGAUGUUGUUUCAAAGCCAAAUACAACGAAAUGGACAGUGCUUUCUAAGAUGAUGAUUAAUUCAAAACACCCACACCCAUAUAUGAGCCCAUGCCCGAAAUAAAACUGGAUUAAAAUGAUUGUGCCUUUAUACAAUAUAUAGCCUAAUAGCCUACCGCAUAUGACGCACUGAAAAAAACAAAAAUGUCUUUGGUACAUAUUUGGUCUAGCCUAUAAAAUUAAACAAGUUCUCGUCUUUUUUAAAAUGUAUCGUGUAUUAAAACUGCAUAUGUGUUCAAAUCAAAUCUAAUUUUGCUCUCCACUUUCUGGAGGACCGAGUUUUGAAAACAGUGGAAUUCAAGUAUGAUAGCUAAGGAGAUGGAGAAAACACCUGUCUCCGGAUUACAUCUUCAAACUAAGGGCAACCAUGGCAUCUGACAGGAGACGCGUCCAUCCAUGAGAAUGUAUAUGAGUAAGAUAGUCUAGCUAGCUACAUUUUCAGAUAUUACACGUUUCUAAUUUUGACAGAAAGAGCCGUUUGCUUAGCUAGCUAUAGCCUAAUCUUAGCUAGCUAACAUUGAACCUGGUUGGUUAGCUACCUGCAGAUUCAUGCAGGGUAGUAACGUCAUGAGUUGUGAUUAUGGUUCAUGACAUUGUUUAGCUACUAACGUUAGAUAGCUAGCUAACGUUACGUAGGCCCACAAACUGUUAGGGCCUACAUAAAGUUGUCCCAACAGUAGUCCCAACACCUUACCACUGCUACACCUGGCUAUCAGCGGAGCCUUGUCUGGCAGCGAAACAGUUCAUUCAGCCUCAUUUACUGCCUUUAAAAAAACAUAGCUGAUAUGGCUGACUUGCUUAAACAAAUGUGGUUUCUACUGACAAUUGAGAUGUACAAACUAUGGCAUAAGGGAACGAUGAGCGGAUGAGGGAUAUCCGUAAUUUCGAUUAAGACAGUAAUGAGCGAGUUAAGACGGACGUAGUCAAUAUAACUAUUUGUUCAGCACUUUUGAAAUGUACAGCGACGGAAUUCAGAACAUGGGCCGUUCUUAGAGUAUUCUCUAUGUACACCAAGUCAGAACCAUUGGAUAAAUGAAGGGGGCAUAUACAGUACAUUCGGAAAGUAUUCAGACCCCUUUCCUUUUACAGCCUUAUUCUAAAAUUGAUUAAAUAAAUAAUAAUCCUCAUCAGUCUGCAGCAUUGAAGGUCCCCAAGAACACAGUGGCCUCCAUCAUUCUUAAAUGGAAGAAGUUUGGAACCACCAAGACUCUUCCUAGAGCUGGCCGCCCGGCCAAACUGAGCAAUUAGGGGCGAAGGGCCUUAGUCAGGGAGGUAACCAAGCACCCGAUGGUCACUCUGACAGAGCUCCAGAGUUCCUCUGUGGAGAUGGGAGAACCUCCAGAAGGACAACCAUCUCUGCAGCACUCCACCAAUCAGGCCUUUAUGGUAGAUUGGCCAGAUGGAAGCCACUCUUCAGUAAAAGGCACAUGACAGCCCGCUUGGAGUUUGCCAAAGGGCACCUAAAGGACUCUCAGACCAUGAGAAACCAAGAUCGAACUCUUUGGCCUGAAAGCAAAGCAUCACGUCUGGAGGAAACCUGGCACCAUCCCUAUGGUGGUGGCAGCAUCAUGCUGUGGGGAUGUUUUUCAGUGAUAAAGACUGGGAGACCAGUCAGGAUCGAGGCAAAGAAAAACGGAGCGAAGUACAGAGAUAUCCUUGAUGAAAACCUGCUCCAGAGCGCUCAGGACCUCAGACUGGGGCGAAGGUUCACCUUCCAACAGGACAGCGACCCUAAGCACACAGCCAAGACAACACAGGAGUGGCUUCGGGACAAGUCUCUGAAUGUCCUUGAGUGGCCCAGCCAGAGCCCGGACUUGAACCCGAUCUAACAUCUCUGGAGAGACCUGAAAAUAGCUGUGCAGCGACGUUCCCCAUCCAACCUGACAGAGCUUGAGAGGAUCUGCAGAGAAGAAUGGGAGAAACUCCCCAAAUACAGGUGUGCCAAGCUUGUAGCUUCAUACCCAAGAAGACUUGUGGCUGUAAUCGCUACCAAAGGUGCUUCAACAAAGUACUGAGUAAAGGGUCCGAAUUUUAAUCCAUUUGCAAACAUUUCUAAAAAGCUGUUUUUGCUUUGUCAUUAUUGGGAAUUGUGUGUAGAUUGUUGAGGGGGGGAAAAACAAUUUUAGAAUAAGGCUGUAACUUAAGAAAAUGUGGAAAAAGUCAAGAGGUCUGAAUACUUUCCGAAUGCACUGUAAGCGGACAAUGAAAGCUCUUACAUUAUUCGAUGAUGACAUUUCUCUAAAACAGGCUAUAGGCUACAUGUGCACCACCAAGUUAGAACAGUAUGAGGGGGAAAGGGACCAAAUUAUUAGGGUGAGGCACAUGGGCUACUAACAGCUUACUACACAACAUACACUUAGUAUUACUUUCUUAGCUACACUAUACAUAUCUCCCUGGCAUAUUACAUCAUUUAUGAAGCGGCAUACAAUACAUUUUUGGACUCCCAUGUGUUGUGCUCACUUGAACUGUAAGGUGGCGCUGCGGUCCUUCUUGUGGGCAAAUUUUGUCAUCAAACUUUGUCAUCAAAAUCUGGCAUUCUCUGUAUUUAUUGUGCUUUCAAGACAACUGGGAACAUGGGAAAAAAAACAAGGUUGAAUCAUGACGUCAGUAAUCUUCAGGUCGGAGCUCUAGAAAGAGGCCAGAGUUCCCGACUUCGAAUUCCAAGUUGGAUGACCGCUCAAAAACGUAUUUUCCCAGUCGGAAAUGCUGAGUUCCCAGUUGUCUUGAACUCACUGAAGUCUGAGAUUUAUUUUAAUUUUUUAUUUGACCUUUAUUUAAGUAGGCAAGUCAGUUAAGAACAAAUUCUUAUUUACAAUGACGGCCUACCCCGUCCAAACCCUCCCCUAACCCGGACGACCCUGGGCCAAUUGGGAUACAGCCGGUUGGGAUACAGCCUGGGAUUGAACCCAGGUCUAUAUUGACGCCUCUUGCACUGUGAUGCAGACUUCUGCGCCACUCAGGAUCCCAACUUUCCCAGUACCGAGUUUCCAGUUGUUUUGAACGUUUCCAGUCAUGCUGGAUUGACAGUAUGGCCAAUGUAUUCAACCUUUGGUGCCCUUUUUAAGCUUGGAAAAGAGACCCUUAAACCCAGACUUGGACCACACACCCUCUCCACUGAAUAGCAGGCUAGUGAUUGCUUUGUAACGCUUGCAGUUAGCCACUGAUUCCUUCCAAACCACUCAUUGUUGAAUUUGCGAAUUCCAACUUGUUGUGUUAUGUUUAUGGCCAAUGAGCACGAUACAUUUUAUCUAUAAUUUAUCUUCAUAUGACAAGGAUUGAAAAGGAUUUGCCAGUAGAUUGUCGACUUGAUUCAUGAUGAUGACUGCUUGUCAAGCUUGCUAGCUAAGUAGCUUUUGAAAGUAUGAUGUUGACAUGACCAGUCCAAUCAAAGCUACAGUCGAUAUAACGUGAUUUGAUGUCAUUUUAUCUGUGGCCAAUGACCUUGAACCUUCUUGGAUGGGCACUUCUAAUGUAAAUCUAUGGCAGCACCCAAGGGUCUUCAAUUUUUUAGCUCUCCCUGUAGAUUUUGCGGUGACGUAGUGUCCCCAUGAGUGACCGAACACUGAGCCAAUCACGGCGCAACUAGAGAACAUUACCACCCUCUACGCUCUGUAUUUUCCGCUGGCUGCCCCACCACCACAGAAAGCACGGAGCUAGGCUGAAACACCUGCAUUUUGGAGAUGCCUUACUCAAGAAAGCAAAAAAGAGACCAUGUUUGUAUGCAGCUUUAUUAACUCACAUUUUUUAUUUUUUACAUUGUUUGCAACCUGAUAUGUGACACGUAUUAAUGCCAAAAUAAUAUUCAAAACAGGCAACAACAAAAAACUAUAUACACUACCGUUCAAAAGUUUGUGGUCACUUAGAAAUGUCCUUGUUUUCGAAAGAAAAGCACAUUUUCUGUCCAUUUAAAAUAACAUCAAAUUGAUCAGAAAUACAGUGUAGACAUUGUUAAUGUUGUAAAUGGCUAUUGCAGCUGGAAACGGCUGAUUUUUUUUAUGGAAUAUCUACAUAAGCGUACAGAGGCCCAUUAUCAGCAACCAUCAGUCCUGUGUUCCAAUGGCACGUUGUGUUUGCUAAUCCAAGUUUAUCAUUUUAAAAGGCUAAUUGAUCAUUAGAAAACCCUUUUGCAACUAUGUUAGCACAUCUGAAAACUGUUGUGCUGAUUUAAAGAAGCAAUACAACUGGCCUUCUUGAGACUAGUUGAGUAUCUGGAGCAUCAGCAAUUGUGGGUUCGAUUACAGGCUCAAAAUGGCCAGAAACAAAUAACUUUCUUCUGAAACUCGUCAGUUUAUUCUUGUUCUGAGAAAUGAAGGCUAUUCCAUGCAAGAAAUUGCCAAGAAACUGAAGAUCUCGUACAACGCUGUGUUCUACUCCCUUCACAGAACAGCGCAAACUGGCUCUAACCAGAAUAGAAAGAGGAGUGGAAGGCCCCAGUGCACAACUGAGCAGGAGGACAAAUACAUUAGAGUAUCUAGUUUGAGAAACAGACGCCUCACAGGUCCUCAACUGGCAACUUCAUUAAAUAGUACCAGCAAAACACCAGUCUCAACGUCAACAGUGAAGAGGUGACUCCGGGAUGCUGACCUUCUAGGCAGAGUUGCAAAGAAAAAGCCAUAUCACAGACUGGCCAAUAAAAAUAAAAGAUUAAGAUGGACAAUCUGAGAUAUGGCUUUUUCUUUGCAACUAUGCCUAGAAGGUCAGCAUCCCGGAGUCGCCUCUUCACUGUUGACGUUGAGACUUAUUCAGCUAAGUUCAAUUAUAUUCUUCUUACUAUAAAAUAAUAUAAAAUAAUGGCACGAGACUUAUAAGCAUAUCUUCUCUGCUAAAUGAACUAGCCUACGUCAUGGUGCACAGCUAGAUAACAUACAAUAGGCUGACUCAUAUUCUGGUCUUCUGAAAUACACAUUUUCUUUAGAACUGCCUAAAAUAAAUAAUGGAUUUAUUGUGAUGGUGUUUAUUAAAUGGAUUUAUAAAAAUGUAGUUCAGCGGCUUGAGUGGAGGCUUGGAGAUGCUAAACGUGUUUAUGUUCGUUAACGGUCAAUUACAGUGAGACCGGCAGUCAUUUGCAUGAAAAUGAGCUGAAAUAAAAGAUCCCCGAAAUGUUCCAUACGCACAAAAAGCUUAUUUCUCUCAAAUGUUGUGCACAAAUUUGUUUACUUCCCUGUUACUGAGCAUGUUAUACUUUUUUUCAAGAUAAUCAAUCCACCUGACAGGUGUGGCAUAUCAAGGAGCUGAUCAUUACACAGGUGCACCUUGUGCUGGGGACAAUAAAAGGCAGCUCUAAAAUGUGCAGUUUUGUCACACAACACAAUGCCACAGAUGUCUCAAGUUUUGAGGGAGCAUGCAAUUGCCAUGCUGACUGCAGGAAUGUCCACCAGAGCUGUUGCCAGGGAAUUGAAUGUUAAUUUCUCUACCAUAAGCCGCCUCCAAUGUCAUUUUAGAGAAUUUGGCAGUACGUCCAACCGGCCUCACAACCGCAGACCACGUGUAACCACGCUUAACCCAGGACCUCCACAUCCUAUGCCAUCCCAGGCCCACCCAUGGCUGCGCCCCUGCCCAGUCAUGUGAAAUCCAUAGAUUAGGGCCCAAUUUAUUUAUUUCAAUUGGCUGAUUUACUUAUAUGAACUGUAACUCAACAAAAUCUUUGAAAUUGUUGCAUGUUGUAUUUAUAUUUUUGUUCGGUAUAGAUGGGUUUUCUACCCGCUGUGGAAAACACUGCAGGUAGUGACUCAGCCUUUCUGAGAGCAGUGGGCCAGGCAGUGGGCUGGGAAGAUUGCUUCAGCAGUGGGCUGUGGAGAGGUUUGGUGAGAUUGCUUCAUCGUAGAUUUACUGCUCCCAUUGGAGACUCUGAUAAUGGGCACAGUUGGCAGACAGCUCUGGCAUGGUGGAAUACUUAAUACAGCACCGUCCAGCACUUGAUUUAGUACUGAGCUUUCAAACGUGAAGGGGCCACUGAGGAGCAUUUGUGCAAGUGUGCAUGUGUGUGACGCUUACUACUCUUGUGUUUGUAUUUGUGUGAAUGCAAGUGUGUGAAUUUAAUGUGAGUUUAUAACCGAAUGGUCACUGUUCCAAUCUCCCUCUACAGAUUCCUUCACUGCAGUGACGAGGAUUCUCCAAAUCCAGCCAUAAACUAUGAGGUAUUUAACACGCACUCACCUUGCUUACAUGCACACUCUCUUUUCCACACACACACACACACACACCUUUUCUUCCAACUGUUUAAUAGUGUUGUGUUAUACCCCUGAGGUCAGCUGGUCCUGAGGAAGUGGAGUGAGCUGCUACCUGGCGGGGAGUUCAGGUGUUUCAUCAAAGAGAACAAGCUGAUCGGUAAGUACUGUAUGAAGAGGUUAACACACCAUUCACCUUUACUCUCACCCUCCCUCAGCGACAUAUUCAGAGAGCCUGUAUUCACUUGCACUGUUCCCAAGGCAGUGUGGCAAGCGUUAGGGCUGUUGUGUGGACUGAAAAUCUGUUCUGAGAGUUGUGUGUGUGUGUGUUCUUUAGGUAUCUCCCAGAGAGACUAUACCCAGUACUACCACCACAUCUCUAAGCAGGAGGCCCAGAUCUGCCACUCCAUCCAGGAGUUCUUCAGCCAACACGUCCAGUAUCAGUUCCUGGAUGAGGACUGUGAGUGGGAUUCAGUGUGUGUGUGUGAUAAUUAGAAUAUAUUGUAAUAAGAGUAAUGCAAAAUGUUUUCUGUUUUACAGUUGUGUUGGAUGUCUACAGAGAUAGCUGGGUAAGUCUUUUGUCAUUUAUAUUUCCAGCCUCUGUUUGGUUGUAGCCCAGGCUUUUCUACGAGUAUGUGCAUUUUUGACCGUGUGUGUGUGUUUGACAGGGGAAGGUGUGGCUGAUCGAUCUCAACCCCUUUGGUGAGGUGACAGAUUCACUGCUGUUCACGUGGGAGGAGCUUACCUCCGGGAACAGCCUGUCAGCCAAUCAAGAGGAGGGUGACACAGCCCAGCAGGUCAGUGACAACUGUGACACAGGCUGUGGCUUUGGUGUACAUAUACAUGUGUAUGUUUGUUUAUGUGGGCAAGUCUUUCUGUGCUUAUUAUCCUGUUAACACCGGUUUGUGUUGUGUCUGUAACUGUAGGAAGGCCCUGUGUUCCGCUACACCACCAGUGAUGUGACGGUGCAGCCCAGUCCCUGUCUGAGCUACCGGAUCCCUAGGGACUUUGUGGACCUCUCCACCGGCGAGGACGCAUACAAACUCAUCGACUUCCUCAAACUGGUGCGAACAACGGCAGUGCUGGUUCACACAAUUUAAGAUAAUCUUAAAACAACCCUCUGGCAAUCUCUAUGACCCUCUUACAAUUUCAUUUUCCGUCAUCAGUUUUUAUAAUCUCACCCUUUCCCUCUUUUCUCUGCAGAAGAAACGCCAGCAAGAGGACUCUGAGGAAGAGGUACGACAGUGACACACCCAGCCCCUGAGGAGCAGGGUCUCUAUACAGUGACUGUUAGCCUAGCAUAACAAUAACCCUAAAACUGUUAAGCUAGCGUUAGCGGUUAGCACGGAGACUACUAUACGCAUGGAGGUUUGUCCUUAUUCGCUCUUGAAUCUUCUGAUGGAAUCCAUACACUUUUGGUCAUCACCUUAGACCUAUCCAGAAUGCUGCAGAUAGAAAUGUAUUGAAUAGGACUAACUCAACAAACCAUAAUGAGGAGAAAAGCAUCAUGACCGCUCUGUGCGGUACAUUUCUACCUGCUACACUGUAAAAGUCCCAUUGAAUCUCAUGGUUGUGUGUAUUUAAGAGGGGAGUUCUAAGCAGUGCUCCUGUUGUAUUGGCCCGGUGUGUCUAAUGUAAAUAUAAAUACUGUAACUUAAUGUUGUGUAAAGGUAAGGGGGAGUCUGUUACAGCAGUCUGUGUAUAGGAAUAAAGAAUGCUCAAUUUUAUAAUACAGCGCUGGGGAAGAGACGUAUCAUGGUUUGUGUGUAUAGCAGGUACGUCAUGGGAUUGCAAUUUCUGAGGGAGAUACCCAAAGGUUGAGAGUUUUCUGACUUAGCCCACUGGACUUUCUCUCUUCACACACACCAAAUACAAACUUUUCCAUGUGCUUUCUAAUGGUUUAGUUAGACGCAUCUGUAUGUAAUAGCGAUACAAAGGUUUACUCAUGAAGUCUCUGUGCAACAGUAUUUCAAACAUUCCAGUUCCUUACUUACUCUCUCUGGUCAUUAUAGUUCUAUCUAUGUUAUUGUGGGAUUCAUGUUGAUUCUUAUCAUUGGUUUAUUUUCUAUGUGCUGGCAAAGUUCUGAUUGGGUAAUAAAUUGCUGGUGUGUGCA